CAGUCGGUAUCGAACUUUGCGGGGGUGGUGUGCGCCCGGGCAUUCCUCUCACCUGACGAGACGAGAUGCAAACCCGGGCAGCUGGGCAGCCAACAUGUUGAGACCGGCAAGGCAUGGGCAACUGCCUCUCCACAUGUGCCAAGAGUCCAGAUCCACCACCUCAAGAUUGCAUAGAACUAAAAGAUGCAGCACAAGGAAAUCUUUCAACAGAUACACAGGCGCUGGGAGGGGAGAAAGUACGAGAGCUUGUACAGCAGGAGUUACAAGCUCUACAAGACCAGAUUUCUCACAGUCAAGCCGUUCUCGCCAAGCUUCAUUUCCGGUUCACCGAUGAGUCGGUGUCACUGUCCGGAACUCAGUCUGAGUUGGCGAAGGUCCACCGAACCACGCAGACAUCCAACCCGGAUACUUUACCCAAGUCUCUGGAGUGUGUGCCUACAACUGCGGGUGAGGACCGAGGGUGGCAGCAGAUCACCUCCUCUUGCCCUGCCAUUGUCAACACAGCUGUACAGACAGACGAUGAAACCACCAGCAAGUCAAACGGCACAUCAGGAGAGUACUUCCUCCCUCCCAUCAGCCCCUUGGACUCUCAGGCCAGUGAACCGGCAUCACCAAAAGAUCUCAAUGAAAUCUCUUCUAAACCUUUUGAACCUCGACCUCUUGGACACAUUGACCUUGACAUUUACCGGUCAUGCCGUAAGCUGUCAGUGCUGCCAGAGGAGGAGACAAUGGUGGAGGAAACUUCUCCUCCAACCGCAGGGAGUCGUCUCGCUCCCUCCCACUACCCUCAUCACCAGGCACACUCCUUUGAGUCCUACCUGUUGCCGAUGCCCUGUGGUGCAUCGGUCCGUAGACAACUGUCGGACCCGACUCCCAGCCCUGAGAUACACCCCGCAUCGCGUAGAAGUAGUCGUUCCACCUGUCGUCCUCUACAGCUCCAACCCGACACAAACUAUUUUCGCUUCCCUGAAGUUAAACCCCCUUCAGAGGCUAGUCCUACCACGAAAGAAGCGCAGGCUCCGAAAAGUCCCCCUUGUGUUAAAUUUCAAGACCAAACAGACUUUUCAGAAGAAGAUUAUUUCCCCAGGAUCACAUCACCAACUUACAACAUCCUUCAAGACACUGUUUCCCAGCUCAUCACCAUGUCUACAGAAUCUCUUGAUGCUCAGACUGAUCAUGUAAAUGUUGUUAAGAAGGAUUCAUUAACUAUCCCUGGCUACUAUACCUUCACUCCCGAUGGGUCCACACCUUUUAAAACACCUCCAGACAAUUCACUAAUAAGUACUCCUGGAUUCUUUACACCACAAGAAUUUUUUGAUAAGAAACUUCCUGAAUCUUCAACAUCAUCUUCCUUUCAAACUCCAUCAAGUGCCUCACCAGGUGCUAAUGGGAUUACUGCAGGAUCCAACAAAUCAACAUCAAAUUCAUCCUACUCUUACAAAACUCCUCCACUUGAAUUAAUGUCAGACGAAAUCUCGCAUCCGUCUUCUUUCAGCAGUCCUCUGUAUAUGUCUCCACUUGCCAGAAAACGAACACAGCCAUCGAACGAGAGCAACGAACAUGCCUUCACUGAGGUGCCAGAUCUGAAAAACAUUCGCACAAAUAGUAAACUUUAUGUCAAACCUUUGUCUGUGGAAUUCGACCGUAAUCGCACAAUGUUAUCCAUUUUAUUAGACGAACCGAGGGUCCAAAAUGACAAUAUCAGUGGUGAACCUGUAGAUGAAUCCACAAUGCCUUUUAUUUCAUUCACUUCACUUGACAUUCAGCGUCCUCCCGCACCACCUGACCAAGUGCCUUCAACCAGUCUAAACUCUCCUGACGCUUCUCUCAGCCCCGGUCCUGAGGGGUUAGCUCGGACUCCAUCCCGUAGACGACUACAACGUUCUCUAGUCCGCAUUAGCUCUGAAACUCCUCUAGAGCUUGUUCCUGUUGAGGCAAGCGUAACAGUCCCACCUGCAGACUUGCCUGCAGCCAACAACGACAUCCCGGUAACGGAAGACCAGAGCAAUGGUGCAGAGAAAGUUACUAAAACUGAGGAUGGGCCGAAGAUGCGGCGAACUAAUUCAGACGGGGGCUCAGGAUUACUCACCUCCGUGGGGUCUGGUGCUGUAGCCCCCACGGGACCCAUGCUCACUGCUUCCCACUCCUUCCCCUCUCUCUCAGACACUGUGCUGCGACAGCUGGGUGCUCUAAUGGAGGAAGUCAAGCAGCAGAAAGAGGAAAACCAAAGUUCAGAAAAAGACAUAGAGAAUAAGUUUACAUCACUGAUGUUAGCGUUCAAAACAGACAAGCUGACACUGGACCAGCGUCUGGAGCUGCAGCGGCGUCUGCGAGACCAGGCAGAGUCCAAUAUGGCCGGAGAACUUAACAAGCUGAAGGCUGCUGUCCAGCUGCUCAGUCCGCUCUGCACAGACUCGGAGAAGAUUGAGCUGCUAGAGAAGGUUAGCGAACAGGUUGAUGCUCUCCACAAGUCCACCACCCGAGUCUCUACCUCUGCAGAGAUGUACGGAGCAGUACAACAAGAGAACCGGUUGUCCAAGGCUGUGGACAUCAUCCUGAGACAUGUGGAGAACCUGAAGCAAGCAUAUGACAAAGAGAAGACUGAUCACGAGGAGACCAGGAAAAUUAUCACAGACAACAAAUCUCCAUCAAAUGCAGUACUUAAACUGCAAAACUCGAAGCGCAGAGCGAGCAUAGCGACCCUAACUCGAGCUCAAGCCUCGCCAGACCUUAGCCGCAGCCCUGCCCUGCCAGGGGAGGGCCGGGGACUGAGUCGAGUGCGGUUGGGCUCACUGCCUCGCAGGCUGUCCAACACCAUUCUAGAGGCGGACCCAGAGGAUUCCACGACCAAGGACCUAAUCAACAACACUGCAGGUGCUAGUCAACCACGGGAGUUAGUAGAGAACAUCAGCAGUAUCAUGCAGGCACAGACACGGGGACCUGUCCGAGCUCCUCUCAAACCCACCACCUCGCAGGAGAGGAGAGUCAGCCACACGGGGGAAACUGAAUCUGAGGACGAAACAUCGGCUCUUGAGCCUUCUGCUGACCUCGACACCCCAGUGACUUCUGCUGACACCAGCUCUACGUAUACUGACCAGAGGAGAGUGAGCCUGCAGGUGGUGCUUCUGAGUAAGCUAUCGGAACACAUGGAGUGGGCUGGUCCUGCAGAUCAACUGAUGAUUCAUGCUCGCUAUGGUGUCGCUGCAGUGUUGUUGGUCGCUGCGCUCGCUGUGUUCGCCUCCACAUUCAUCCUGCCACACACCCACCUAGGCAGCUGACCCCUGUCCUCAAGCACUCGCAUCUCGUCUUUCCUCUUUUGUUAAUUAACAGUCCGUUGUGUAAAUAAAUGACAUCGUAUGGAUUUAA